AUGCCACUUGUCAAAAAGGGGAACGAUGCUCUCCGGAUCGAUUUGGCGGCACCCGAGGGCUGGACGUUUGCUCCGGGUGACAGGGUCAUCGGCGACGUGGUUCGCUGUUCUCCCAUCGUCACUAGCAAUGCGGACCUAACAAUAUUUUUGAGAGGUCGUAUACAGACUGGUAGAUCAAGCGUGGGUAAUGGCUCGUUUCCAUCCCAACUGACCAGUGCGGCCAGCCAACCCGUUGCUUCCGAGCAGAUCCUGCUCGCCAAGCGGUACCCUAUUUUCCAAGGCCCCUUAUGUAUUCCCGAAGGUGGAAAUCCCAUUUCUUGGUCUUUUACGACAAAUAUUAGUCCCGAUCCCCCAAGAAGAGUGUAUGGGAAAUUCGAUGUCUCCUAUGAUUACCUACCAGGCACAACCAGUUCAGUUGGUCGUGGGGGCCUAGCCACGUCGACGGCGUGGAUAGAUUAUUAUCUCGAAGCUGAAUUGCGAUAUUGGCAAAAAGGCAAUGGCCAGAAUGAGAUCGAAAGAAAAAUUACUGCAAUCCAUCCAAUCAUAAUGCGGCAUCAGCCUCUUCAAGAAUUUCAGGAAUUUGGUAUCUCACAACAAAUAUUCAAGCGCAAAAUCCGAGGCCAUCAUUUACUCCCGGGUGUGGGUCAUUCCAGCUUAACUAUGAAGCAAAAGGCACGGCAACGCUUUGGUUCCUCCAAAGUGCCGGAGCUUUUCUUCCAAGUUGAGGUUUACACGCCGACCACCAUUCAGCUUGACAACUCCGCGGUUCUGCCCUUGAACCUGAUUAUUGUCCAAAAUGCCGAUACGAGCGAAGAGAUUAAGAAUGUUCCGAGAAAUGCUUUGAUCAAUUCAGUGGCACUUUAUAUCGAAACGUGCACCUUCGUCAAGUACCACGGAGCCUCUCUAGAAGCCGACUACAGCAAACCCACUAACUCUGCCUGUUCAACUCCUGCAAAGUCGGUCGGAAGCCACUCUUGCAUCCAGGACUUGCACCUAGAGGCUACAAUUCGCAGAAUAAAUAAUUUCCCUUUCGAGGUUCCUAUUGGGGAGGGAACGAUUGAUCUUGGGAGUGUUCUUCAAAUGACCCUCCGCUCCGAUGGGUUGACUGUCGCAGGAAACAGACUUCAGAAAGUGCAGCCACUAACUCCCAGCUUUGAUGUAUAUAACCUUCGAGUGAUGAACUGGCUCAAGGUGGAUAUAUCAGUCACAGUGGCAGACGAGACGUUUUUAUUAAGUGCAAAGGCACCUGUGACGAUAUUAGCGGCGGAAUAG